CUUAAACUAAACUCAAAAAUCAAGCCCAACUAAACGCCAGGCUAACUAUUAAUACUUCUAACUAAAAUCAAGCCCCUAUAAAACCGUCAUACGAUCAUCCAAAUACCAUUUGAUUAGGAUAGAGUGCGGAGCAGAACAGGAUCUUCCUGUUAGUCGAGAGUAGUUUAUACGUGGCAGGCGGCGAGGAAACAAACAAACACUACACAAAAUCUCGUAUCCGGUCAACCGUAGACCGGCCACAUAAAUUUACGCUACAACACUAUAACCACAAGAGGAGCUUCUGCAGCAUAGAGAGAGAGAGAGAGAAAAGGAGAGUGCGGUGACCAUCCCGUCGAAUGAUGUUAGACAUUAAGAAGACCAGAGGAUUCCACAAGAUUCCACAGGCAUCCAAAUUACAGUCAACAACGAAAACAUCAUCACUUGUAGCCACAUCAGUAUCAAGUCAAAACGAAGUGCCAUCACCAGGAGGAUCGGCUGGAUCAAAAGUAGGAGCUACCAAUCCAGUGCGAGCGGCCAACCAGCGCUUCUUCCUAGUGUCCAGCUACAAGGACUCAACAUUUUUGAAGGCCGAAUGCGACCUGGCCCAUGCCCAUGUGACAACCAGCAAGGUGAAAACCACGUUGCAACCGCACCGGCGGAGUCGUGCAGGUGAGGAUUUAAGGAACAAUAACUACAACACUAGCCGGGCACCAACGCUGGUUAAUAUGCGACGACCGUCUAUGUUCAAUGGCAAUCAGCAACCAACCACCACCACCAACACCACCAUCAACUACAACACCAGCAGGAACACCACAAGUAACACCACCAACGGGGUGCUCAAGUACAGCGUGCGCUCCACGACGGCAACUGCAACUUCAACGUCUACCAGGAGCUACGGCAAGCUGAAACCGCUCAAUAACAACCAAACGACCGCUGGAACAACUGUGAUGAAUGGACACACCAAUAAUAAUAAUAACAACACCAGAAACAGCAGCAAAAUCAACAACGGCGGCAAUAACAACAUGCAACGCCAACAACAGCAUCACGAUGACAUAAGCUUCAUAGACAGCGAUGAUCCGCCGGCAACUGGUGGCCCUGGAGCCGGAGUAUCGACAACCAAGACGAGCAUUUGUUACUUCAAGCCCAUCACCCCGCCGCUGCAGCUGCGGCACGAACAAAAUCAAGUUCAGCAGCAGGAACAACAGCCGCAGCCCAGCAGCUCCAAGUCAGCCAGCCAUCGCUAUCCACGACCCAAGUCCACUAUUAUAGCAUCGGCCCACUCGAAUUUUGCGGCCAGCUUUGAGAAGUUUAGUGGUGGCCUCUAUAGGCAGACCAAUGGCGAUACGAACACUGAGAGCAGGACCAGCAGCAAUGCCAGAAGAUACGGCAUUGAUUCGUUGAGCAUUAAGGCCUCAAUAGAGAAAUUCAACAACCUCAGUGGCCAGAAGAGACAAACUCCUUGCUCUGGAUCAGGAAUAGGACCUGGCAGUGUUACAGCGGCCGGUUUAGGAGGAGGACGGCUGUCUGGGGCUAGCCUGUCUGAGGCCAAUCACGGAUCGCAGGCAGGCGGUAGCAGCAGCAAUCUGCAGCAGCGCUACAGCAGCGACCUGGACAACAUACGCGUGGCGGCUGGGUAUAGUAGUUCCCUGACCAGAGCAGCCUAUCGGACUACAGCCACAAUGAAGAGGGUUAGCACGCCGGAAGCGGCAACCUCUGAACUAGGCGGUCCUAUUAGUGGCGGAGGAGGAGAAGUCGCCACGGCAAUGGUUCAGCCCACAAGCAAGGUAACGGUAAGGGGUGCUCACAGCAUCCGGCAGCCAAUCGAAUGCGAUAGCCUGGUCUUGACCAACAAGGAUGCAACGACAGCGGCAACACCUACUGUUGCCACUGCCACUGCUUCAGCAACACAUACACCAGCCACGUCUUCCGUCUCCACAGCCACAGUCACCGCCGCAGCUCCAAACUCUGCCAGCGAUAGUACGUUGGCGAGAAGUGGCACUGGGAGUAGCAGCACUGCCCGGAGCGUCCUGCCUCCCAUGACGCCUACGUCAAGUCGGUACUGGGAUCGGGACAGCGGCACCAGCCGCAGCAGCAUAGGCACCUCCUCCGCACUGAACUCGUCAUCCCUGAAACAUAACUUGGAUGAUGGCUACAAGAGCGCCUCCUCUUCACGGGAUGAGAAGUCCGAAGGUCUGUGCGGUCUGCGAAACAUUGGGAACACAUGCUUUAUGAACUCGGUCAUCCAGUGCCUGAGUCACACUCAAGAGCUGACCCGCUUCUUGCGGUCGCACCACGGCUCUCGCUCGUUAUCCACCAAGGAUCAGCAGAUACUCCACGAAUUUGCCAAACUCAUUCAGGAGAUGUGGACCUCUAACGUGCACACGGUGACGCCCAUGGAGCUAAAGAGGGCGUUCUCGACCAAACAUCGCAUGUACAGCGACUACAACCAACAGGAUGCGCAGGAGUUCCUGCGUUUUUUCCUUGACUCGCUGCAUUCGGCCCUCAAUUCGGGCGUCAAGGGUGAGACGCUCAACAUUGACGAUAAUCUCAGUGACAAUAAGAAGGCGGACUUGACCUGGGAGUGGUAUACGCGGCACGAGAACUCUUUGGUGCGCGACCUAUUUGUGGGUCAGCUCAAAAGCACACUGAAGUGCACCACCUGCGGCAACACCAGCGUCACCUUCGAUCCGUUCUGGGAUCUGAGCGUACCGUUGCCGUCUUCUUCCCGCUGCAAGCUAGAUGCUUGCCUCGACCUCUUUAUCCGCGAAGAGGUCCUUGACGGCGACGAAAUGCCCACGUGCGCCAAGUGCAAGACGCGGCGAAAAUGCACCAAGAGCUUCACCAUUCAGCGUUUCCCCAAAUAUCUGGUUAUACACCUAAAACGCUUUUCGGAGACACGCUGGAGCAAGCUGUCCAACAUCGUUGAAUUUCCCACAUCAGACAGCGAGCUGAACAUGGGCUCCUAUGGCGCCAACUCCAACUCGAAUGUGCAUUACUCGCUUUAUGCGAUAUCUAAUCAUAUGGGGUCAACGGCUGGUGGUCAUUAUGUUGCCCUUUGCAAGCAUCCAGUUUCCCGCAAGUGGCACGAAUUUAAUGAUAAUAUAGUCAGCGAUGCCUUGUCCGAAAACCAUCUUGUUUCAUCCAGUGCCUAUAUUCUUUUCUACGAGCGUACGUAAGGCCCAAUCCGUGCUCUACGUGCAGGUGCCGUGUCGAGUACAAUGGGGUUACAGAUGUCCCGGCGGACUCUGCAGAUAGCGAUGGAAAUCAAGAUGACCAUGUGGUUAGAUGAAAGCAGGAGGAAAUGGAUCAAACGAACUUUUAGAAACGCUUCGUAGAAUUGCAUACAAACAAUUUACUUAAUUUAACUCAACUUAAAAGCAAAACAAACUAACUCCUAACUUAAAGCAGAAACCAAAACAAAAACGGAAAACUGAAGAAAAGUGCAUAAAAAACCAGAACAAAUGUAUAUAUACAAAAACGAACUUCGAUGGCUAAACUAUACAACUAAAGGAACAAGAAUAUAACUCCGACGAAAAACAAUGAAUCUGUGCAAUAACAACUUUCGGCAAACCAAGCAACCUCAAGCCCCAGGAUAAACGCAAGAGAAUCUAAUGCUAAGUAGUAACAGGAAUUCUUUUGUAAGGAUACUGAAAGCUAUCAAUAUUUCUCUCUUUCUAAGUGUUAUUUAAUUAAAACUAAAUUUUCAAUUUGCAUCGACGUACUCUCCCUGUCUCUUUUUUCGCGCGUCACUCUAUCUCUCUCUCUUUUUAAUUGACUUCAUUGGUUUGCCGAAGGAAAGUGUCCUGUGGUUGUGUGUAAAAAUAAACAAGUAAAAUAGAGCGUGGGAAAAGAAACUGAAUAUAUAUUUUCAAUUCGUCUUGUGCAAUAUAUUUAAAAAAAAAAAACAAAACAAAAUUAACUGUAAUAAGCACUGCAAACUAAAGACGGUUCAAGCCAAAAAAUGAAAGAAAACAAAACGCAAUGGCGCCACAAAUAUCUCCAUAGCUAAGAGAAAAAGCUUUUUAGCAACUAAAACAAAAAGUAAUAUUAAUUAAUUGAUAAAUGAGCAACAAAUUGAAUGAAAGGGGCCGCGAAGUGAAGCUGAAAUCUGAAUUGUGAAAACGUACUUAUGAUAAUUGCUAGUAGCAAAAUUAAAAAAAAAAGAUCAACAGCAACAACACCAAAAAUCCAUUGUUAUCCCCUGGCCAUGACACCUACCAACCAAGAAAACUUUUCAGCCCAUGUCAUAAGGGGUGAUUUCCGCAACAAGACACCAACCAGGAACAGGGAAUUUUCCCAGGCUACAAAAGACCGUUUCGAAGUUCGUUUUAAUGUUAUACAACUUCGUGUGUUUUUAUUUUGAUUGGCUUGCGAAAAGCUACUAAAACUAGUCUUAAAGAAGAAAAGUUAUGUACGGAGCCACCAUUUAACGAAAUACACUUUUAAUUUGUUUGAAUUUGUGCGUAUUUUGUAGUGUUUUCCCACAACCCAGCAAUCCUACUUAUACUUGUUGCUAUACACAUUUUUGUUGCUUUUGUUUUGUUUUGUUUUUAUACAUACAUAUAUAAUAUAUCUUAUGUAAUUUAUUUAUUGUAUUUAUGUAAAGGAUAUAAAGAAAUACACUCAAACACCUACACUCACAAUCAGCGAAACAGGAUGUGUACAUAAUGUAACUUGUUUCCAACAGAUUCACGAUGAACUACACAAGCUUCAACUACAACCACACUGAAAUUUGAACGAAAAAUAAUAAAAGAAUCCAAGACACAUUA